AUGUCGAAUCCUGAGCAUCGGGCUCCAUGUGCUAAUCCUGGAAACCCAGUUUUCUCCUGCAUGAUCAAACCAGGAUCUCACACGUCGCCUGAAGAUCCAGCGCUGGCCAGAUCUCAGAACCUGAUGUAUAAGACGACAUCCGGCGACUACGGCGCUCGAUCACCCACGUUUCAGUCCUCGCCCUGUUCCUAUCACCCCAUAUCCCAGAGCUUCUCACAGCACCUUGGACUGUGCGGGAUGUUCCAGGACAAUUCCUUUAAUACAAGCUUGGACCACGGCUAUGUGUACAGAAAUCCAGCUCUGCCGUGGCUCUCGCACACUCCUCAUCCUUCAUCUUCUGAAUCCUGUCCCGCUCCUCAUUCUCAAGCUAAACACAGGCAGAGAACUCAACAGUAA